UGAUCAGAAUUGUCACAAGUCGCCCGCGCAUGUGUGAAUUCAGUUUUUAGUUCGCUCGUAGGCCGCAAAAGAACACGAAAGCUCCGGUGGGUUUGAAAGAAUACGAUGAAGCUAGGUUAAAUUUCUAUGUGUUGUUAUGGCAAGAUCCAGCCGACCUUCUCCGAUGUCUCCAGAAGUCUUAACAUCAAGUCGAAAAUCGAGAGACAUGGACAAAGAUCUCGACGGGUCUUACAAUGAGGUCGCGGAAGGUGAAAAUAUCACCAGCGACGAUGUAGAUGAUCCUGAAUCUGCGGAACACGACAGGCUGAACGGAAUUAUGAGCGACACUGCCAAGCGGUUUUCUUCGCUUCUUACCGUCAUUUGCCGCACAGCAAAGAGAUCUGCGAACAAAGUGGCGAAAAUGCGAAAGAAAAAAGGUGGAGGCGCCGAAGAAAUCAGCAACUUACCGGUAAAAACUGACGCGGUAGGAAGCCCUUGUCGAAUGACGCGUGCACCUCAGAAAUCUGCUUCAAGUGACGAAGACAAAGUCGAGCAGCAGUUCAACGAGACUUAUGAGUUACUCCAUCUUCUUGGCCAAGGAGGAUUUGCUGUAGUUUAUUCUGGAAGAAGGGUUCGGGAUGGCUUGCCAGUUGCAAUCAAGGUCAUUCCUAAGAGCAAUGUCUACUCUUUUGAUGAGGAAAGUGAAGUUCCGGUGCCAAUGGAAGUCCAUCUUCAUCGAUAUCUCGAUCACCCAAACAUAAUAAAACUUCUCGACUACUUCGAGCAUGCGCAGGCAUACGUAAUGGUGCUAGAAAGACCCAAGUAUCACAAGGAUCUUUUCGAUUACAUCACAGAAAAGCGACGAUUGGACGAAGAUGAAGCGAGGAACAUUUUUCGUCAGGUAGUCGAGGCAGUGAUGUACUGUGAAGCAAAAGGAAUCUUCCAUCGCGAUAUCAAAGAUGAAAAUAUUUUGCUUGAUUCUAUCACUGGUCAAGUGAAAUUGAUUGAUUUUGGUUCCGGGACAGUGCUUGAAAACACUUUGUACACAGACUACGAAGGAACUCGAGCCUAUUGUCCCCCGGAGUGGUUCCGUUUUCAUCGUUAUUACGCACGUCCAGCCACUGUGUGGUCACUGGGAAUACUGCUGCACAAUAUGAUCGUGGGAGACGUGCCUUUUUCAAACGAAAUAGAGAUUGUAAGAGGAGAGUUGAAUUUCCCGGAUGGUGUUAGUAAAGACCUGCAGGAUAUGUUACGAUGUCUCCUAACGAAGCACCCAUCGUACAGACCCAGUUUGGAGGAGGUUUUACAACAUCCUUGGCUUCAGCAUCAUAGACAUAAACUUCGUGGUCCUGCUGACAGAAGAAUGUGUCAGAGUGCACCAAACCCGGGGGAGGUCUCCGAGGGAAAACGCGGACGACAAGGGCAUAGAGGAAAUUCUGGCCUCUGAAACGGAAGGUUGAGAAAGGACCUCGUAAAUUUUUGUCAUAACAAGACAAAGUCCGCAAUGCUAAUCUCCAUUGAGAGACUUGAAGCCACCUACACGCACGAACGAUGGCGUGGUUAAGAGCCACGUGUCUGAGCUACUCAGAUCACGUGCAUGAAUUCCACAAGCCAUUACGGACUUAAGUGGUCGACCAAAUGAAAAAGAAAAAAAAAAACAAGGUCAUAAGUUUUUAUUCUUAAGAGAAGCGUUGUCAAGAGCACGGUAUGUUUAAGAAGGUCCAAGAGAUUACGGAAUAGGGAAACCUGGCGGAAAAUCACAAGUGGAAAAAAAAGAUAUACCUCAGUUGAAAUGAAAACUGCACGCGUUUUCCUGACUUCGAAGAGAGUUUAACUCCAAGGCCAAGUCGUUCAAAGGGCGGCGGAUGACGCUAUCCAACGGAUAAAACGCUAUCCAGCAGAUAUGUGUUGACAAACCUACUCUCUAUCCACUGGACAGAGAUUUAUCCCAUGGAAAGCGUCAUCCAACCUUCGGUCAGCCGGGACCGAGUCUUCAUGCAAACGGUUCGUUUUCAGUCAGUCAGUUUCCAUCGAAAUACUUUCCCAAAAAUUGUUCAGAUCCCAAAGUUUUCCUCGCGAAACAACGCCAUUAAAGUCGACGAACAGUUUCGUGGUUAGUUCGUCCCCAGUCUCCAAAAUAGGACAUCCAACGCGGGUUAGAUGGGAUGUGAAUGCGAUGGGCAAGAGAAAACCGUCACCCUUUCCUUUCCUUCUCUAGCGCCGCACGGUUUUGGAGACAGUUGAGGACGAGUCAGCGCGUGAUGUCGCACCACUAUUUGCCAUUUCAAAGACGACAGCAGGGGGACUGGGACUUGCAGUUCGACCAUUUGUCGAAGUUCGAUUCGACAACAGACCGGUUGAUUAGAAAAGACUCUUGGAAAAGACUUUUGUCACUUUUUUUUUUUACGAACUCUUUAAAUGAAUGACUUUAAAAAAUUGUUUCAACGCGAGAGAUCCGUAAGAUAGUGUCUAAAUAAAAGUUAUCCUUAUGAA